AUGGCCGAGUUCUUUGGGGAGACGAAGGAGGAGAGCUCCGCCCGCGUCGAGGUCAAGGACAUGGAUCCGGAGGCAUUCAGGUCCAUGCUGCACUUCGUCUACACCGACGCAACGACUCUGGCUCUGGCCGACCAGCGUGGCUGUUCCCUGCUCAAGGCUAAGUGUUUGGAAUUCAUCGUCAGCACCCCUGAGAUCCUUGAUGUCGUCAUGGCGACUGAGGGGUAUAAGCAACUGGAGACAAGCUGCCCUUCUGUUCUGCGCGAGCUUCUCAAGUCUGCGCGUGAAAGAAUGUGUAGCUAG